AGGCUACUUGCCCACUUCAAGCAAGAAUAGCUUCGCUGUGAUAUUACGGAGUGCAGGAUUCCACUCAUCUCACACUCAUCUCAUCAAUCUCUCUAUUACCUCCACUAGACGGUUUUUUAACUUAAAAACCCAACCCAACCCAACUCCAACCACCCAAAAAUCAUGUCUUUUAGCGAUACGAUGUGUCCCAUGGUGUGUUUUUAAUCUUAAAUCAUUUAUUAAAAAAAAAAUCCAAAAUUUUUUCCCCCAAUUGCUUGCUGUGUUUUGGAGAUUUGGCCUCUUUGUGGCUUGAUGUCGUGUUUUUGGAGCCAAUGGUGCGAAAUAGAGGAGGGAUUUGGGGUUUUAUGAAGUGGGUUUGAAGGAAAGUUUUCGUUUUGUGGGUGAUUUAAUUUGGAUCGCAAGAAUGGAGCCUCCCAGUGGGUUUUGGGCGACUCUUUGGAGUUUCCUUCGCUUCUUGCCCUUCUUUGUUGGCCUACUGCUUCUGGGAAUUGUUAAAGGUGCUUUGAUUUGUCCAUGGGUUUGUCUUAUAAUGACAGUGGGAAAUUCUGCGUUAAUAUUGGGCCUUUGGCCAGCGCACACAUUCUGGACAUUUUACUGCAUAAUAAGAACCAAGCAGCUAGGGCCUGCACUGAAGUUUCUUCUUUGUAUUUUCUUGCCUGUCGUAUUAGUCUUGUGGCCUAUUUUUGGCAUUGUGGGGAGCAUCUUGAGUGGUGCAGCGUAUGGCUUUCUGUCACCAUUGAUGGCUACUUUUGAUGCGGUUGGAGAGGGAAAAGCAAAUAACUUUGUCCACUGUGUAUUGGAUGGAACAUGGAGUACAAUCAAAGGAAGCUGCACUGUGGUCAGGGAUUUGAAAGAUCUAUUCCAGCAUACCUAUUUUGGAAUCAUGAAAGACAUUCGCCUUAAUGAUCCUCCAAAUGGGAUACCAUAUGAGAUCAGGUUAUGUAAUAUUCCUGGUGCUCUCUUUGUUGGUACGAUAGGGAUAGCAGUUGAUGUACCGAUCAUCUCCUUCAUUGCCCUUUGUAAGAGUCCGUACAUGCUCUUCAAAGGAUGGAAUCGGUUGAUUCAAGAUCUCAUCGGACGAGAGGGACCAUUUCUGGAAACAGCUUGUGUCCCUUUUGCUGGCCUUGCUAUACUUCUCUGGCCAUUAGCUGUUGCAGGAGCAGUCUUGGCCUCCAUUCUCUCUAGCCUUCCUUUAGGUGCUUAUGGAGCUGUUGUUUCCUACCAGGAAUCCUCAGUUCGGAUGGGGCUCGCCUACGUAAUCUCUUCGUUGGCUAUAUUUGAUGAGUACAGCAAUGACGUACUUGACAUGCCAGAAGGAUCUUGCUUUCCUAGGUAUGAAUAUAGGAAGAACAAAUCGUCCUCGUUCUCCGGGCCUACCUCUUUUCGGAGGGAAAAGCAGGAUGGAAAAAAUCCUCCUUCACGAAGUAGUUCAAUCAAGAGUGGCAUCCUAGAACUGAAUCCACUUAAGUUGCUCGAUCACCUAUUUUCAGAGUGUAAGCGCUAUGGAGAGAUUUUGGUUUCCGAAGGAGUCAUAACUCGUGAAGACAUCGACGAAGCGAAGUCAGGAAAAGGCAAAAGCAGGGUACUUAGCAUUGGUUUACCGGCUUAUGCCAUUCUUCAGGGGCUUCUGCGGUCCGCAAGAGCUGAUUCUGAUGGCUUCGUCUUGAGUGACGGCACUGAGAUAACAUCUGAUAAUAGACCGAAAAGCACAAUGUUUGAUUGGUUCUUUGAGCCUCUAAUGGUUAUCAAAGACCAAAUUAAGGCUCAGAAUUUUACGGAAGAAGAAGAGAACUAUUUGUGCAAGCUGGUCUUGCUAAUUGGAGAUUCAACGCGUUUGAAGAAUCUUAGCACUCUCGUACAGCCAACAGACGAGCGGAAACGAGCUGAAAUAGAUGCGUUCGCCCGAAGGUUGCAAGGGAUCACCAAGUCCAUCUCAAGGUUCCCGACGGCAAAACGUCGAUUUGACGACCUCGUGAAAUCUCUCUCCGAAGAGCUCGAAAAGAAGAUGGGGGGGAGCCAAUCAGGUAGUGGAUCUCGAUUACCUCCGAGGUCGAGGAGUGGUAUCAAAAGAAUGUUUAGUCAGAAAUCUUUUGGGAGAACAAUCAGUAUUCAAGGCAGCGAUCAGGAGGCGCAGUCGGUGAAUGCCGAUCUUCUGCCUGUGUGAGCUCUUUGCGGUCUCUACAUUUUUCGCCUUUUUUCUUUUGUAUGUUCAACAAAGAGAUUUUCUUGAAGAAGGAGAUGGAGUGUGAGAGGUGGAGGAGAAAUCUAACUUGUAACUUUUGCUGCUGUGAUAUUUGUACAUGUAAAAAGAUGAAAGCAACUGCAUGUGUGUUGGAUGUGAUGAGCCUUACUGUUUUUACUAACAUUUAUCUUAUUAAAC